CUUUCUAUCGCCUCGGCCUCCCUCUUCACCAAAAUAAAUAAAUAAAUUCCUACUGGAUGCAUUUGAUGGUUCCUUGCCUGAUUCUAUGACAUUUAAGGGAUGUGGGUUUUCUGGAUUUUUCAUAAAUUUUGUCCAGAGAUGGAGUUUGUUGUGGUCUGUUGUGGUUAACAUAAUCGGAUGUGGUUGAACUUUUUUUUUUUCUUUCUAUUUUUUAAGGUUAUUUUUUUGGGUUUUGUUCACUCUUUACUCUUAUUGUCUCUUCCUGAAAUUUAUUUUAGUUAUCAUAGGAGGUUGAUUGGGUCUGGCCUUGAAACCUUCUUUAGCUUACUUCAUCGUUCUAUUGAAUUAUUUUCUGCGAAGAAUCUCGCUUCACCAACUUGAAAUGGAAAAUUACCAAUUUUAUGAGAAGUGUUGUUGAUAAUAAAUGAACAAGAAUUCUCUUAUCUUUAGGAUGGAAAUUUGCAUAAUUUAAAGUCUCCAAAGUCUAUAUUGUUUAGGAUCUGAUUGAUAAUCUGCAUGUCUUAUUUUUCUUUUUUACAAUUAAAGAGAGAGGAGGCAGAUGAAGAUGAGAUUAGAGAAAAGAGGUGAAAGCUGAGGGAGAGAGGACAUAAAAUAGUUUUUAAAAUAUAAACUAAAAUCAAUAUCAUAUGCUUUUUGGUUUUUUAAUUUUAGCUAUCUAGUCACCCCCCAACAUCUCUCAUUUCUCCCUCUAAAAUAGGAAGGAAAAAAAAAAAAAAAACUUUAUCGGACCACAAAUAACGUAGGUAUCAUUUUCAUCUAGUGAUGUUAAAGUAUUGCCGAAGUUGUUAAAAUGAAAAUCUAUUGCAUCAACCUCUAUUGGUCAUUUACCACACCCCUAGAUAGUGAAAAUUAGAAAGUUAUAUGAAACACUUGAAAGAUGCUAAUUUCUAGUAUUGGAAACUAGAUGAUAUUUUGCUUUCAUACUUGUUUACUUUGAAUUUCAUUUAGUGUGAUGUUAAAAUUUUAAGACAAAGCUCGAAUAAAAACUACUAAUCAAAGUUUACGUGGUUUGUCUCUUUCUGUACUUUGGUGUAAAAUUUCUGACUUACAUUAGAAUAAUCUGGCUGAGGAAGUUUUUAAUUGUGUGGUUUGUCAAAAACUAUCAGGGAAAUUACUGCCUGCACUUUUACAUUUUUCUUGCAUGAUGGCCAUUUUGUUCUCUUGUCUCCUUUUCUGUUCUUUUUGAAGGAUUUAUUGAUUAUGCAUGAUAUCAGGAACUCAAAUGAAGGCUACAGCAUGUCUUGCAACUUGUAAACAGAUAGUUGAUCAGAAAAGGCACUGAUACCCAUGGAUGUGAUGGCAUUGGUUUCUGAAUUACCAACUACCAUAAUAAUCUUAGUGAUUAGGCCUUUUUCACUUUUCAAGCAGUUAUGCUUGUUUGGCAUAAAAACUACUUUUAUUAUCAUUCAUACAUGCAUAGAGUUGAUGAAGGCAUCAGUCUGCUUCCAUGUGAACCUAUUCUGGAGAAUAACGAUGUGGACAUUUGCACUUAUAUCUCUGCCUGGGCGAGUUUUGACUGCCUUAGAGAGGGAGAGGCAGCUGGAACGGCAUUUACUUGAUAUGCAAAUUGAGUUGGAGAAUCUGGCAUGGGAUAGGAAAGAACUUCAGGAACAUCUACAAACAGCCAUUAAAGAACAAAAAAUGAUGGAGUUGAUAUUAGCAGAACUUGAAGAGGAGCAUGACAAAGCCAUUGCUAAAAUUGAACUGCUAGCAAGCGAGUUACAGGAUCUGAAAACUGAAAAUCUUCGGCUAAGAGAAAUUCAGGGCAAAGGAUAUUGGAACAAUAAAGGUCGAGAUGAAACAGGCAAUGUCAAGGACUUAGCCAUUGCUGACUAUGGCAUUCCCUAUGGGAUCCCAUCAUGGAAAUCCCGUUAUGAUGGAAGCGGUAUGAUCCUCCAAGACCUUCUGAUGCACAAAGAUACUUGGGGAGAUGAGAGCAAAACUAAAACAGAGUUGCUCAAAAUCUUAAGAAAUGAAUCAAUAUCUAGUGGGCCUAUACAUCCUGUUAUGCCUGAAAUCAACCUCAGACAUUUAAAUAUGAGUGAAGUUUUGGACGAGCGAAGGGGUAUUGCAAUCAAACAGAGUCUUUUCAGUGCAGUGUUAUCACUUUUGGUUGGAAUAAUUGUUUGGCAAGCUGAAGACCAUUGCAUGCCCCUCGUUGUGGCUCUCUUCACCGUAGUUGGUAUGUCAUUGAAGAGUGUGGUUCAGUUUUUCUCCACCAUAAACAACAGACCUGCUUCUGAUGCUGUUGCUCUCUUAAGCUUCAACUGGUUCAUACUCGGUACGCUUACCUACCCGACAUUCCCGAAGGUAGCUCAUAUGGUGGCCCCAGUGGCAUUAAAUUUUGUGGACCGAGCAUUGAGCUUGCUUGGUUUCUCUUUUUUCCUAGCUUAAGUCUCCCGGCCUUUAACGUACGCCACAUGUACUAUAGACCUGAAAUAUGAAGUUUUGUUUGUUGUAUAUUACACUUUGUACAGUAAGGCGUGUUCUGCUAUUUAAUUUUUCCUGGUGCA